CCGCCAUCUAAAAUAUACUAACGCGUGUUAGAUGCCAGACAGCUGCUGUGACAUAUGGAAAAGAAAAGACAUGUUGCGCCUGUAAGAACCGAACAAAAUCGACUGGGAUUCAAUUAAAAGGCGAGCCUAAGCUUUCCUUGCGAACCUGACAGGAUGGGCGAACCAAAAACCAGCGCGGAGCUUGGUGAGGAGCAGGCCUUCAACUGCGAGGACGAGGCCAACGCCAUCAUCAACGAUGUGAAGGCACACGUCGCGGAGAUAUGCAUUUCCUCCAAACUGGCGAGCGAUGCCACGCAGAUCUACCUUAACAUCCGCACCAUUGAAAGCGCCACUUGCUGCGUGCAGGUGACCAGUCGUGGCUUCAAAAUCGUCUCCUCCCAGUACGACACCAUAGACGAGGAUCCACGGAUCUCCGCCCUGCUCCGCAACGGACAAAACCAGGAAGAAGAUGAGCAGGAAGAGAUCUUCGAAACGCCCUACGCGCUGCUGGACAAGAUCAGUCCACGCUAUGUAGAGUCGUUUGGUAACCAGUUGUGCCAGCAGCUCAGACAGCUGCAGCAGAUGCGGACCGAGUUUCACGAGGAGGACGAGGAGGAGGAGGAGGAGGAGUAGUGAUGGCAAACGGACUCCAUCUCCCAACCGAGGCUGUUUACUCUUUAGACAGAAGAUUUUAAUGUUAGUUUAAUUGAAUGUUUACUCGUAAUGGCAGAGCUAGAGCUCCGAUUUCCUAAAUAUUUAUGUGUGUCUGUGCCGCAAAAGUAUUCCCGCAUGAGUCGGUCAUGCAGUCGCCUCAUUUCACCAUACCCUCUCCUUGCUUAGCAAACGAAUACCGCUCCAGAUUCGCGUUAGACCUUAAGGCGUUUCAAAAAUAAAGAUUGUGAUUGCAACUCCA